CAAAUGAACAUGGACUACACCCUUUGCGAGGCUUCCCGGCACAACAUGGAAGGCAUCACCAGGGCUGUCACCUUCUAUGAUAUUAAUUGUCAAUACAACAAAGACUUUCGGGUUCGGGUGGAUCGAAGUCGAUUUCUAGAAAUGGCACCACAACUAACCAUCAUUCCCGGAAUUGGGUUGUGGCACGUUCAUGGCCAUCAGGACAGCUGCUAUGUCCGAUAUGCUUCUAACUUUAUUGAAGGCAUUGGUCGGAUCGAUGGAGAGAUCAUGGAGACGCUAUGGGCACGGCUCAAUCUGAUCUCCCUUCUGCUCGGUGUCUUCUUAGAUAGAUGA